AUGCUACCUAUCCAUCACAGUCCAACCACACCGCGCUACGGAGGAAACGGGCAGCACAACGUAAAUGCCGUCUCCCCUCUCGACCGAUCUGCCACUCACACCCUCGGCCUCUCCAACAACAACAGCGGCAACCCUCGACCCUUACCGCCCAACCCAGUUGAUGAGGCACAUAUCAUGCGACAGCGAUCCCAGGGCCAGAUAUACCCGACUGCAGGAGUCCAGAACGUCUCCUUUGCAGCAACACAAGCUCUGCCUAUGCCUAUGCAGAUGCCCGCUCAACACACACUUCCACACUCCAACGGCAGCUACAACUUUGCAAAUCAAGGGUUUGGCUCUCAUGCCAACAUGACGCCUCCAGCUUCCUAUCCCUACUUCGCGCCGCAGAACAAUAGUCCUACGCUGCAUUACGGUCCUGCGCCAAUUCGACAGGCGCGUCGGUACAAGACCACCAAGAAGGUUACAUUGACGGAGGGUAACUUGGUCCUUGACUGUCCUGUCCCGACCAAGCUGCUGGAUUUGCUACCCAAGAAGGACGAGGACGAGUUCACAUCAAUGCGGUACACGGCCGUUACUUGUGACCCUAAUGACUUUAGUCAUCAGAAUUACACCCUCCGGCCAAAGAUGCUGAACCGUGAAACAGAGCUGUUUAUUGUCAUGACCAUGUACAACGAAGAUGAAGUCCUGUUCUGCAGGACAAUGCACGGCGUCAUGAAGAAUAUCUCACAUCUGUGUGCACGCGAUCGAUCCAAGACCUGGGGCUCUGACGGCUGGAAAAAGGUGGUCGUAUGCAUUGUCGCCGACGGUCGUUACAAGUGCAGUCCCCGUGUGCUCAGCGUGCUGGCCAUGAUGGGCGUUUACCAGGACGGCAUUGCCAAGAACUCUGUCGGUGGCAAGGAAGUCACUGCACAUCUGUAUGAGUACACCGCCCAGAUCUCGAUCGACCCAGAGCUCAAGGUCAAGUCUGCCGAUCGCAAGAUCCCCCCAGUCCAGAUCCUGUUCUGUCUCAAGGAGAAAAACAAGAAGAAGCUCAACUCUCAUCGAUGGUUCUUCAACGCCUUUGGCCCGCUCCUCAACCCUAACGUCUGUGUACUCUUGGAUGUCGGCACUCGUCCCGGCAACACAUCGAUUUAUCACCUCUGGAAGGCGUUUGAUGUCAACAAACACGUCGCAGGAGCCUGUGGAGAGAUCUGUGCGAUGACAGGUCGUGGAUGUGUCAACCUGGCCAACCCUCUGGUUGCGGCGCAGAACUUUGAGUACAAGAUGUCAAACAUUCUGGACAAGCCCAUGGAGUCUGUGUUUGGAUACAUCUCGGUCUUGCCAGGAGCAUUCUCAGCGUACCGGUACGAGGCUCUGCAGAACGACGCCAAGGGCAACGGACCGCUGGCUUCGUACUUCAAAGGCGAGAACCAGUCGGGCGACAUGGAUAACAUCUUCUCCGCCAACAUGUAUCUGGCCGAGGAUCGUAUUCUGUGCUUCGAGUUGGUGGCCAAGCGAGGCGGACAGUGGCUGUUGAAGUAUGUGCGAUCGGCGACAGGAGAAACGGAUGUGCCUGACUCGGUGCCCGAAUUCAUCUCCCAGCGAAGACGUUGGCUCAAUGGAUCGUUUUUUGCCGCAAUCUAUGCGCUGACGCACUCAACCAACAUCUGGAGAUCAGACCACAACUUUAUGCGAAAGCUCUGGUUCCACAUCGAGUUCUUCUACAACUUUGUCAGCAUCAUCUUUUCCUGGUUUGCUCUCGGCAACAUGUACUUGACCUUUUACUUUUUGACACGUUCCUUGGGCGACCCUGCAAUCGAUCCGUUCGGAAACGGCUGGGGCGACCGAAUCUACGAAGUCAUGCGCUACGUCUAUAUCUUCCUUAUCUGCACCCAGUUCAUUUGCUCUAUGGGUAACCGACCUCAGGGAUCCAAGGCGACGUACACAAUGUCGAUGAUUGCAUUCGCGUUGAUUAUGGGGUACAUGUUAUUUGCCGCGGCCCUGAUCACAAUCAAGUCUCUGGAUGCGGCAUUUGGAGGGCUAAAGGCGUCCGAGACGUCGUUUGACGUGUUCAAGACCCUUAUCGCCAACGCUGCCUUCAGGAAUAUUAUCCUGUCUUUGCUUUCGACGUACGGACUUUACAUUGUUAUGUCGGUGCUCUACAUGGACCCCUGGCAUAUGCUCACCAGUUUUGUGCAGUACAUGUUCAUGAUGCCCAGCUAUGUCAACAUUCUGAACGUCUAUGCCUUCUGCAACACCCAUGAUGUCAGUUGGGGAACAAAAGGAGAUAACUCAACACACACGGAUCUGGGAGACGCCAAAAAGGACGGACAAGUUGUUGAAGUCGAAGUCCCUGUAUCCUCCGCUGAUAUUAACGAAGCGUACGACGAGGCUGUCUCGGAACUGUCGCACAAGGCUAUAGAAGUUCAUCAGUCCAGGAGUGCGGCGACAAAGCAGGACGAUUACUACCGUGGGUUCCGAACCAGGCUUGUGAUGUUCUGGAUUGGUUCCAACGGUAUCCUUGUCGCCGCGAUCUGUUCUUCUGUCAUGGAGAAGAAGCUCACCCUGACCGACGGAUCGAAUGCCUACCUUGCGGCGAUCAUGUGGAGUGUGUUCGGAUUGUCGCUGUUCCGGUUCAUUGGAAGCACGCUCUACCUCUUCUUCAGUUUAUUCAGUCACUAA